CGACUGGCCCCGCCCCGUGUGCAGCUUUCGCGGCCUGCGUCUGAAGAAAACCCUAGCGGGUGGCUCCGUGCGGCCAGAGCUCUAGAGAGUGGUGCCGCCUUCCAACCUUCUUCCCCAAGCCCUGGUGGCCGGCUCCGCCUCUUCUCGAAUCUUUUCCACAGCCCAAAAUGGCCGCAGAGGUGUAUUUUGGCGAUCUAGAGCUCUUCGAGCCGUUCGACCACCCAGAGGAGUCGAUUCCGAAGCCCGUUCACACUCGCUUCAAGGACGACGACGGCGACGAGGAGGACGAAAAUGGGGUCGGCGACGCGGAGCUACGGGAGCGGCUUCGGCAGUGCGAGGAGACCAUCGAGCAGCUCCGCGCCGAGAAUCAAGAACUUAAACGAAAAUUGAACAUUCUGACUCGACCGAGUGGAAUAUUGGUGAACGAUACUAAGUUAGAUGGACCUAUAUUACAGAUUCUAUUCAUGAACAAUGCUAUUUCAAAGCAAUAUCAUCAAGAAAUAGAGGAAUUUGUAUCAAAUUUAGUAAAAAGAUUUGAGGAACAGCAGAAAAAUGAUGUGGAAAAGACUUCCUUUAAUCUUUUGCCCCAGCCAUCCAGUAUUGUGCUAGAGGAGGACCACAAAGUGGAAGAGUCCUGUGCCGUUAAAAACAACAAGGAAGCUUUCAGUGUUGUAGGAAGUGUCCUGUAUUUUACUAAUUUUUGCCUUGAUAAAUUGGGGCAACCGCUUCUAAAUGAAAACCCUCAGCUUUCCGAAGGAUGGGAAAUACCCAAGUACCAUCAAGUCUUCAGCCACAUUGUUUCUCUAGAAGGGCAAGAAAUACAAGUAAAGGCAAAAAGGCCAAAGCCUCACUGUUUCAAUUGUGGUUCUGAAGAACACCAAAUGAAAGAUUGCCCAAUGCCUCGGAAUGCUGCUCGAAUAAGUGAAAAGAGAAAAGAGUAUAUGGAUGCCUGUGGAGAAGCAAACAAUCAGAAUUUCCAGCAGCGAUACCACGCAGAAGAAGUAGAAGAAAGAUUUGGAAGAUUCAAGCCAGGAGUUAUUAGUGAGGAACUUCAAGAUGCACUAGGUGUGACAGACAAGAGUCUUCCACCUUUUAUCUAUCGGAUGCGCCAGCUAGGGUACCCACCAGGGUGGCUCAAAGAGGCUGAAUUGGAGAAUUCGGGGCUUGCACUCUAUGAUGGAAAAGAUGACACUGAUGGGGAAACAGAAGUUGGAGAAAUACAACAGAAUAAAAGUGUCACUUACGAUCUCUCAAAAUUGGUCAACUAUCCUGGUUUUAAUAUAUCUACUCCCAGAGGAAUUCCAGACGAAUGGAGGAUCUUUGGUUCCAUACCAAUGCAGGCAUGUCAGCAGAAGGAUGUGUUUGCCAAUUACCUUACUUCUAACUUCCAAGCGCCAGGUGUGAAGUCUGGCAACAAGAGGUCUUCAUCUCACUCUAGCCCAGGUAGUCCAAAGAAGCAGAAGAAGGAAAGCAACUCAGCGGGAUCUCCCGCCGACAUGGAGCUCGAUUCAGAUAUGGAGGUACCACAUGGUUCUCAGAGCAGCGAAAGUUUUCAGUUUCAACCACCAUUACCUCCUGACACUCCUCCACUCCCCCGGGGAACUCCUCCACCCGUCUUCACCCCUCCACUCCCAAAGGGCACCCCCCCGCUGACUCCCAGUGACUCACCCCAGACCAGAACAGCAUCUGGAGCUGUGGAUGAGGACGCACUGACUCUAGAAGAACUUGAAGAACAGCAGAGGCGGAUCUGGGCAGCUCUUGAGCAGGCCGAGAGCGUAAACAGCGACUCCGACGUUCCUGUGGACACACCUUUAACUGGCAAUUCCGUUGCGUCAUCACCUUGUCCAAAUGAGCUAGACCUCCCUGUCCCGGAGGGAAAAACAUCUGAAAAGCAGAUGCUGGAUGAGCCUGAGGUACCAGAGAUUUUUACAAAGAAAUCAGAAGCUGGACAUGCCUCCAGUCCAGACUCUGAGGUGACAUCACUUUGUCAGAAGGAAAAAGCAGAGUUGGCUCCGGUAAACACUGAAGGUGCCCUUCUUGAUAAUGGCAGUGUUGUACCAAACUGUGACAUCAGCAAUGGGGGCAGCCAGAAGCUCUUUCCUGCAGACACCAGUCCUUCAACGGCCACUAAAAUUCAUAGCCCUAUACCUGACAUGAGCAAAUUUGCAACUGGAAUCACGCCAUUUGAAUUUGAGAAUAUGGCAGAAUCUACUGGAAUGUACCUCAGGAUAAGAAGCUUGUUAAAGAACUCACCCCGAAACCAGCAGAAAAACAAAAAGGCCUCUGAAUAAUGGCUUGACUUAGCACUGAGAGCUAUUUAAUAACUUUGUUCCGUUAAUUAGUACUAAUUAAGUGGAUAGAUAGAAUGGUUUUCCUGUUUGUCCCUCCCAUGUUUAAAAAUCUAUCCAAGGUUCAUGUUCCAAAGUCAAGCCUAUUUUAAAGAAAGACUGAGCUCACUGGUUCAGUGUAUUUUAUUCUCACUGACAAAACUUGGGGGGAGAUGUGAAUAUGACCUGGUUUAGAGAGGGUUAAGGUUUAUACUAUUUUUGGAUUGUGACUGUCCGUCAAGAGUGAUGGUUUUUAUCUGUCUUUUGUACAUUGUUUUCCCUUUCUACAUUUUGCUAAUUAUCCUGUAUAUAAGUUUAAUAUAUCACUUUUUAAAAGAA